AACUCAUUCCUUCACACCAACAUAUUAGUAAAAUAGUAAGCCACCCCCGACCCUACUAUACAACGAAAGAUGGAACAGUUGGAGAAGAAGAAACAAGGUGACAACAAUCUACGCAUUGAUUUUCUGGAUAAGUAUGGUUCGGAUGUGACGAAGUUUGCUCAGGAGGCACGAAUGAAGAAUUCUUACAACCAAAUAAACACUACAUUGAUCGAAUCUCUAGUAGUUAACAAUUCUUUCUGCUCGUUUGGGUUCAUCUAUUGGAAUGCAGGGAAAACUUGAUCCUGUGACAGAAACCCAGCAGGAAAUCAAAAGGGUGGUCCAAUUCCUCUAUAAGUGCAAGAAAUGCAACCCAUGCCUGGUGGGAGACCCUGAUGUUGGCAAGACGGUGAUCGUGGAAGGGCUAGCUGCUAAAAUCGUUGGUCAAGCCGUCCCUCCCAAACUUCUAGGGAAUAAGAUAUAUGCACUAGACAUGGGACGUCUGAUCGCUGGGGCGGCCAAUAGAGGAGAAUUCAAAGAGAGGCUGAUUAAAGUGAUAGACGAAGUGAAGAUAAGCCAAGGAGCCAUAAUUAUCUUCAUCGAUGAAUUGCAUACCUUGGUCGGAGCAGGUGGCGGCGGUAGCGCAUUGGAUGUUGCCAACAUUCUAAAGCCAACUCUGGCUAGAGGAGAACUUAAGUGCAUUGGAGCGACCACUAUGCAAGAGUACAAAAGCUACAUCGAAAAGGAUGGAGCUUUGAAGAGGUGGUUCCAGAGCGUCGACGUUCUCGAACCAUCCAUUGCUAAAGCUACGGAGAUUCUGAAAGGGUUGCGCCACAAAUAUGAGUCAUUUCAUGGUGUUCGCUACGAGGAUAAGGCUCUAGUUGCCACCGUAAUGUUAUCAAAUAAAAUCAUAAGGGAUAGGUUUCUCUAAGAUAAGGCGAUCGACCUGAUCAACAAAGACGAAGCGAGAAGUCAUCUCAACACAAGCAACUUCAUUACAUAGUCGGACAUCUGCCUCGUAAUCUCGAUGGCGAUUGGAAUUCCUCUGGAGUCUAUCACCGCAAGGGUUGUUAAUGAGUCAAGUCGAGCCGAGCUUUGCCUUGUUCAUGUUCGACUCGUUUAUAAACGAGCUGAGUCGAGUCGAACAUGAGCCAGAUCAUUUAUUAAAUCUUGACACAUCAU